AUGGGAGAGAGGGAAGGGGGAGAGAGUGGGCUUCCAGCGUCCAGCGACAGUAAUUAAAGUAGGAGGUGAUUAGUCCACCUCUGUGUAGGCCAGCUCAUGAGAAAUCUAUUGACUGGCCACGUUAAAUCGUCAAUUUGGAACCAUUAGGCCAGAAACAUGGUGGUAAUGAUGAUGGGUUGAGCCUCUGUGGGGUUACUGGAGAGGAGGCCCCCAUCUCUCUCUCUCCUUGUUGCUCUCCCCCUCUCUCUCAACCCCUCUCUCUCUCUCUCUCUCUCUCUCUCUCCCUCUCUCUCUUUCUCUCUCUCUCCCUCCCUCUCUCUGGGGUCUAACUUGGCUUCGGAGGCCAAACAUCACUGCUGAUGUCGUGAAUUAGGCCCGUGUAAUGAGUCACGCGGUAUUAGCUCCUUUGCCGACCCAUGGCAAAAAUGCUAGCUGGUUCCCUCAGUUCUGACAUCACGGACGAUACAACACAAGACCUGGGAGGGUGGGAGGGUGAACUCACUGCACUGGUCAGGAUUUUAUGUGGAGUUCCCAAGGCCUGUUGCUUAGCUGGUUCACACCUCCAAAAUGUGUGUGGUUGGUGUCACCUGAUGCUCAUCCAGAGUCUGAGGCUCUGGAUGAGCAUCAGGCAACCUAUUCCCUAUUUAGUGCAUCACUUUUUACAAAUAGAGAAUAGUGUGCCAUUUGGGAUGUGGCCUAAGACAAGGAACCCAACAGCAUGAAAGGCAGGCAGUUGAGGACAGAUGACUAACAGUAGCGGCUUGUUUAGUGCUCAGAUAAUAAUGUAAAUGUGCUUGUUUGUGAUAUGUUGUGCCAGUGACAGCUGUAGUGUUUGCUGAUUUAGCAUCACAGAGCGAGAGAUAUUGAAAAUGGUCCCCUGUAUUGCACCAGUCGGAGCAGAAAGGAGCUCCAUGAAUUAUUCACUGCAUUUGGUUUGCUUUCAGUCUCUCUUGGGCUGCGUCUCAAAACCCUAUUCCCUAUAUAGUGCACUGCUUUUGAACAGAUCCCUCUGGGCCCAGGUCAAAAGUAGUGCACUAAACAGGGAAUAGGGUGCCACAAAUGAGACUGAAAGCAAACCAAAUGCAGGUUGCCAACCUGACAUUAUUGCCUUCUUGUUGGUCUCAUUAGUCGACAGGGAAGAAAUAAAAACACAAAGAUUUUUUUUUUUCCAACAUCACAGUAUAACACAGAGGACCACCACUGAUUUUAAACCUGAGACUCCACCUUGUCAAUAACAAACAAUAACUGUCAUGGGCCUCUCACUCCACCGGGUUACCACCUUAAUUUUCUUCCACUCUGCUCACCACUCUCUCUACUCAGCCUAACUAGCUCCACCUGUCCCUGCUCUGCUCUGCUCUAAUUACUCUGCCAGCUGCGCUGCAUUACCCACUACCUCUCCCAGUAUUUAAGGCCCUGUCUUUCAGCUCUCCGGUGUCAGAUCGUCUGCAAAGCUCACACCCGGAACCUGUUUGCUCGCGCUUCUGGCUCACCCUGGUUUUGUGACCCCGGACCUGCCUGUUUUUUGGAUACUCUUCUGCCUCAGGAGAUCCAGACCUGCUUCUGCCAUUACGACUCCUGACUACUCUUCAAUCCCGGUAACUCUGACCAGCCUUCUGCCUUGCUACUACGUAUUUUGGAUUUCCCUUGAACUGUACUGCUGCCUGGUUUCAUUCCGCCCUGUUGUGUCUGUGUCUCCCCCCCCCAGGACUUCUGGACCACCCACCACCGGCUUCAUAGGACGCAUCGCUGCCACUGGGGGGGGCACAGACCCAGCGCAUUGGACGGGAUCCCUGUUACCCCUGGAGCCUUCAUUCACUCCCUACUUCCCUUUUCCCCUUAAGUUUAAUAAACUUUCUGGUGUGACGCAAUUGUGGUCCUCUGGUCGUCUGUCUGAACCGUGACAGUACGAUCUGACCAUUAUGGACUCAGCGCACACUUUCCCCGACAUGGAAACCGAUGAGCAUGAGCAGCAGUUCCAGCAGCAGCAACAACAACUCGCCAUGAUCAUUCAACUCCUCACCAACCUUACCCCAGCCAGUCUGCCCACCAGCCCAGCCCCCGAGUUACCUGCCCCGGUCAUUGCAGCCGCUGCUCCGGAACCCAAGAUUGGAAACCCCGAGCGGUUCAACGGCGAUUCAACCCAGGUCCGGCCAUUCCUGACUAGCUGCCGACUUCAGUUCUCCUUGCAGCCAAGGACCUUCGCCACGGAGGGGGCUAAAGUUGGGUAUGCCAUCACUCACCUGACGGGCCGAGCUCGACUCUGGGGAACAGCAGAGUUCGAACGUCAAACCCCCGCAUGUGCAACCUUCGACCUGUUUGCUGAGGAGAUGCUGAAGGUGUUUGACCUGGAUUCACCCACUGCAGAGGCGUCUCGUGAACUGUUCAGUAUUCGACAAGGCAGACGUACAGUCGCAGACCAUUCCAUCGACUUCCGAACCCUGGCUAGACGAAGUUCUUGGAACACACCAUCGUUGGUGGACGCGUUCUUCCAUAGUUUGGCUGACUAUAUCAAGGACGAGUUGGUCUCCCAUGAACGGCCUUCCACUCUUGAUGAAGCCAUCGCACUGACUGUCAGGAUCGACAGAAGGAUACAGACCCGUCGUCGUGAGAGGGGGCGCCAAGGUCCACCUACUACCGGCAUUCGGAGAGAUCCGACUGGGCUCCUGUCAUCUACUGCCACUCACCCAGGUCAGCUUGAUCAGUCUGAGCCUAUGGAGAUUGGGCGAGCCUCCCUCACUCCUGCAGAGCGCCAGCGCCGCUUCACCUCAAACCUCUGCCUCUAUUGUGGAGGUGAUGGACAUCGUGUGGUAACCUGCCCUUUAAAGGGCCGAAGCUCACCGGGCAUAGGGGGAGUCCGGUUGAGUUCAAUGACCAUCCAGUCCUCCGACCGCAAACCCCUGCUGCAAGUUCACCUCCGCCUCUCUGACUCAACUCACACCCUGGCUGCUCUGGUGGAUUCUGGCGCCGAAGCCAACAUAAUGGACAUCAAGCUGGCACGCCAACUGGGACUGGAGAACCUCCGUUUGACACCUCCUAUUCCUGCCCGGGCACUGGACGGACACUUACUCGGAUCGGUCACUCAUGUCACGGCCCCGGUCUCGAUGGGUCUGUCCGGAAACCAUCAAGAAACUAUCCAGUUUCACCUGCUCCCCUCUCCAGGCCAACCCCUCAUCCUGGGUUACCCAUGGCUCCGCCGGCACAACCCUCAGCUCGACUGGGUGACCGGGGUGAUCAGGGAGUGGGGAGAGGACUGCCACCGAACCUGCCUGCUUGCUGCCGCACUACCCCCCUCGGCCAGUACCUACUAACUCCGCUCCUGACCUCUCCAAUGUCCCAGAAUGCUACCAUGGUCUCAGAGAGGUGUUUAACAAAGCAAGAGCCACAUCUCUGCCCCCUCACCGACCGUACGACUGUGCCAUCGACCUCCUCCCUGGAACAGCUCCUCCAAAGGGUCGUCUUUAUUCGUUGUCUGCUCCUGAAAGAAAGUCCAUGGAGGACUACAUCAAUGGCUCUCUGUCCGCAGGAUUAAUCCGUUCAUCUUCAUCUCCUGCUGGUGCUGGCUUCUUCUUUGUGGGGAAGAAGGACGGAUCUCUUCGCCCCUGCAUCGACUACAGGGGACUCAACGACAUCACAGUGAAAAAACCGUUACCCUCUGCCUCUGCUCACCUCUGCUUUUGAGUUGCUCCAGGGAGCCACUGUUUUUACCAAGUUGGAUCUCAGAAACGCUUACCACCUAGUGCGGAUCCGGGAGGGAGAUGAAUGGAAAACCGCAUUCAAUACACCAACAGGCCACUACGAGUAUCUGGUUAUGCCUUUUGGCCUCACCAAUGCUCCUGCUGUGUUCCAGGCUCUAGUGAAUGAUGUACUGCGGGACAUGUUAAACAAGUUUGUCUUCGUUUACCUGGAUGAUAUCUUAAUCUACUCCAGAAACCUGUCUGAACACACCCGCCAUGUCCAGCAAGUCCUUCAUCGUCUUCUGGAGAAUUCCCUCUACGCCAAGGCAGAGAAAUGUGAGUUUCACGUCAAGACAGUGGCCUUCCUGGGGUACAUAGUGGCAGAGGGAAGUAUCCAAAUGGAUCCUGCCAAAGUAUCAGCAGUCACUUCAUGGCCAGUUCCGGAGAACAGAAAGAAGCUGCAACAGUUUCUGGGGUUUGCUAACUUCUAUAGGAAGUUUAUCCGGAACUACAGUACCGUUGCUGCCCCUCUCACUGCUCUAACCAGCACCAAGCAACCCUUCACCUGGACCCCAGCAGCCGACAAAGCCUUCAGUACCCUCAAGGUGAGGUUCACCUCCGCUCCCAUCCUCCAGAUGCCUGAUGUGGACCGGCAAUUCAUUGUGGAGGUGGACGCCUCGGAUGUGGGAGUUGGUGCUGUGAUUUCUCAGUGGGCUGCGGAGGAUAGGAAGCUCCAUCCCUGUGCCUUUUUCUCACGUCGGUUGUCCCCCUCUGAGUGCAAUUACGACAUAGGGAACCGUGAGCUGCUGGCUGUGAAGCUUGCCUUGGAGGAGUGGCGUCACUGGCUGGAGGGGUCCACCAUUCCAUUUCUCGUUUGGACCGAUCAUAAGAACUUGGAGUACAUCCGCACGGCCAAACGGUUGAACUCCAGGCAGUCCCGCUGGGCCCUGUUCUUCACCAGGUUUAAUUUCACUCUGUCAUACCGGCCUGGAUCACGCAACACCAAGCCAGACGCCCUCUCCCGUCAAUUCCAGAAGGAUGACACCCCCGUCCAAGGACCCUGUGUCGAUUCUGCCAAGUCCCUGCAUCGUUGCAGCUCUGACCUGGGCUGUUGAGGAACAGGUGCUGGAGGCUCUCCGUAACCAGCCAGGUCCCAGCACUUGCCCAGCUGACCGCCUUUUUGUCCCCGAAGACCUGAGGUCCCAGGUCGUUCAGUGGGGACAUGACUCCCGCCUAGCUUGUCACCCUGGCUCCACCCGCACUUACAACCUGCUCGCCCAGAGGUUCUGGUGGCCCUCUCUGAGGAAGGAUGUACGGGAAUUCGUCCAAGCCUGCCCCAUCUGCAACCAACACAAGUCGUCCUGCCAGCCCCCAGCCGGAUUGCUGCAGCCCCUGCCUGUGCCCAGACGUCCCUGGUCUCACAUCGCCCUUGACUUUGUCACGGGGCUGCCCCCUUCAAGUGGCAUGACCGUCAUUCUCACCAUCGUUGACCGUUUCAGCAAGAUGGCACACUUCAUUCCCCUCCCCAAGCUCCCAACCGCCAAGGAGACCGCCCAGGUGGUCCUGGAACACGUCUUCCGGAUCCACGGACUGCCAAAGGAUGUAGUUUCUGACCGUGGUCCACAAUUCUCCUCCGCUUUUUGGAAGGAGUUCUGUCACCUGCUGGGAGCCACAGUCAGUCUGACUUCCGGAUUCCAUCCCCAAUCCAAUGGGCAGUCAGAGCGGGCUAAUCAGGAGCUCGAGAAGGCACUGCGAUGCAUGACUUCACGCAACCCCCACUCCUGGUCGCAGCAAUUGACAUGGGUGGAGUACGCACACAAUUCUCUGACCUGCUCUGCCAUCGGUAUGUCCCCUUUCCAAUGUGUUUAUGGAUACCAGCCUCCUCUAUUUGCCAGCCAGGAAGAGGAGGUUACUUGCCCAUCUGCACUUGCUUUUGCCCGUCGAUGUCGCCGCACCUGGUCACAAGCCCGAGCCACACUCCUCAGAUCCGUUGCCAGCUACACUACCGGGGCCAACCGUCGGAGAAUUCCUGCUCCCACCUACCAUGUUGGUCAAAGGGUGUGGUUGUCAUCGAAGAACCUGCCACUCAGGGUGGAGUCGCAGAAGCUGGCACCUCGGUUCAUUGGCCCAUUCCCUAUCAUAAGAGUGAUUAGCCCAACUGCUGUCCGGCUCCAACUGCCUAAUUCCCUGAGGGUGCACCCCACUUUCCAUGUGUCUAAGAUUAAGCCCAUCCAUGAGAGUCCGCUGGUCCCUGCUGCGCCUGGUCCUCCUCCUCCACGGCUCGUCGAUGGUGGUCUGGUUUACACCGUCCGCCGCCUGCUUCGGUCCAGACGGAGGGGUAGGGGUCUCCAGUACCUCAUUGACUGGGAGGGCUAUGGACCUGAGGAGAGGACCUGGGUGCCAGCUAGUCGGAUUGUGGAUAGGACUCUCAUCACCGCUUUCCACCAACGGCAUCCUGAUCAACCUGCAAUCCGUAGGGGCCGCCCCAGAGGGGUCCCUAACCGUCCGGCCCGCUCGGCUUCCUGUCCUGUGCCUGAUCCUGUCUCGGGACCUGUCCCAUCUCCCGACCACGGCCCUCCGGCUUCCUCCGAGGAUGAGGACGUUCACUCGGACCGUUCGGAGGAGUUCUAGCCCUCCUCCGGCUCCCCUCCUCCCGCCCGGCGUGGUGUUGCUCUUGGGACUUCUGGGGCCGUCCCUUGGGGGGGGGGUUCUGUCAUGGGCCUCUCACUCCACCGGGUUACCACCUUAAUUUUCUUCCACUCUGCUCACCACUCUCUCUACUCAGCCUAACUAGCUCCACCUGUCCCUGCUCUGCUCUGCUCUAAUUACUCUGCCAGCUGCGCUGCAUUACCCACUACCUCUCCCAGUAUUUAAGGCCCUGUCUUUCAGCUCUCCGGUGUCAGAUCGUCUGCAAAGCUCACACCCGGAACCUGUUUGCUCGCGCUUCUGGCUCACCCUGGUUUUGUGACCCCGGACCUGCCUGUUUUUUGGAUACUCUUCUGCCUCAGGAGAUCCAGACCUGCUUCUGCCAUUACGACUCCUGACUACUCUUCAAUCCCGGUAACUCUGACCAGCCUUCUGCCUUGCUACUACGUAUUUUGGAUUUCCCUUGAACUGUACUGCUGCCUGGUUUCAUUCCGCCCUGUUGUGUCUGUGUCUCCCCCCCCCAGGACUUCUGGACCACCCACCACCGGCUUCAUAGGACGCAUCGCUGCCACUGGGGGGGGCACAGACCCAGCGCAUUGGACGGGAUCCCUGUUACCCCUGGAGCCUUCAUUCACUCCCUACUUCCCUUUUCCCCUUAAGUUUAAUAAACUUUCUGGUGUGACGCAAUUGUGGUCCUCUGGUCGUCUGUCUGAACCGUGACAAUAACAAAUCUAGUCCCCCGUAGACAGAUUAGCGUGGAAACUCAGGGAGGAAAUUGCCUCAUCAUGACUUGAUUUUAGAGUACUGUUUAUUUUUUAAGACAUAAUAAUAUAACUCUUGACUGGUACGCCACCAUUGCAUCACCUUAAUAAUGAUAAUAAUAAUAAUAUGCCAUUUAGCAGACACUUUUAUCCAAAGCGACUUACAGUCAUGUGUGCAUACAUUUUUGUGUAUGGGUGGUCCCGGGGAUCGAACCCACUACCCUGGCGUUACAAGCGCCAUGCUCUACCAGCUGAGCUAAAGAGGAUCACCCACCUUCAUGUAAUUACUUCAAAAUUACUUCAAAUUCUCACUGUAUCCGUUCAAGCUGUGGGUGAUGUUUCACUCACAUUUCGGAUAUUCAAGCAAUGUCUUCAUCUUCAGAUUUUAAAAUAUUAGAAAAAUGUAUUGUGCAGAUUUUGGUCAAGGUGAAGGUUGUUGUAGCCUGUACUGUAUUUACUCUUUCACUUUUUAAACUCUUCUUGAAGUUACUUAACAGUAUAUACAGUGACCUCCAAAAGUAUUGGGACAGUGAUUAAUAUACUUCUUUGGGGCUCUGUACUCCAGCACUUUGGAAUUGAAAUGAUACAAUGACUAUGAAGUUAAAGUGCAGACUGUCAGCAUUAAUUUGAGGGUAUUUUCAUCAAUAUCGGGUGAACCAUUUAGAAAUUACAGCACUUUUUGUACAUAGUCCCCCAAUUUUAGGGGACAAAAGUAUUGGGACAAAUACUGUAUUAAAGUAGUCAAACGUUUAGUAUUUGGUCCCAUAUUCCUAGCAUGCAAUGAUUACAUCAAGCUUGUGACUCUACAAAAUUGUUGGAUGCAUUUGCUGUUCGUUUUGGUUGUGUUUAAGAUUAUUUUGUGCCCAAUAGAAAUGAAUAGUAAAUAAUGUAUUGUGUCAUUUUGGAGUCACUUCUACAUUAAUGUUGAUGGUACCAUGAUUAAGGAUAGUCCUGAAUGAAUCAUAGGAUAGUCCUGAAUGAUGAGUGAGAAAGUUACAGAUGCACAAAUAUCAUAUACCCAAGGCAUGCUAACCUCUUACCAUUACAAUAACCGGGGAGGUUAGCAUUUUUUGGGAGGUAUGAUAUUUGUGCGUCUGUAAUGCUCAAUGCUCGAAACUGCGCUAUGCCACUGGGCUUCCACCAUUUUAAAGUAGUUAACUGGGUGGGGAUUCCUAUGAGUUGGGAGCAAUCAGCCAAUGAAGAAUAAAAAAAAUUUACUACUUUAAAAUGUUAGGUAGCCUCAAUGGCGCUGCCCAUGCUGUCACAAACGUUAUGAUGGCACAGAUACAAAGAUGAGUCCUGUAUCUAUAUCUAUGGCCUGUUGUUGACAUGUGUAUCUGCCCUCUCAUUGGCUACAAUGGUCCCACAUGAUCUCGCCUUCUCCCGCCUGCCUUCCAUCUUUGAGGACAUGUAUUUCCAUUGUUACAGCGGUCGCUUGACUAUCUUGUCAAUAUAAUAGACAAUCUUCGGCUAUACCGGUUUCAUUGUAACUGUGCUGAACAAAGAUGGCAGACAAAAGUGAAAGCGCUUGCCAAGGUUCUAAUCAGUACUCUCCCAGCUGUGAGGGAUGAGUAAUGAGCAAAGGGGCCAAGUCAGGCCCUAAUGAAGUCAGCUAGCUCUCUCAAACUCCAUCUCCAUCACACUCUUUCUCUAACUCUCCUGCUGCUGCUGCCGUGCUGUAUAAGGUGUUUGUCUGCAUGAAGCGAGCUAGCGAGCUAUACCGCUCUCCUAAUUUACCCCUGGGAGGGAAGAUAAAUGGAUGACGCUAAUUAAGUGAACGCAGUGAUGGCAGUAGUGGUAUUGGAAGGCCGCGGUGUGAAUGUCCAAUGUCUAAGUAUGGAAUUUAAGUGGUGGUGAUGGCGAUAUGCCUUGUUUUGUAUCUGUUUCAUGUAAUAUGUUACAUAUGAAAUGCAUACAGUUGAAGUCGGAAGUUUACAUACACCUUAGCCAAAUACAUUUAAAAUCAGUUUUUCACAAUUCCUGACAUUUCAUCCUAGUAAAACUUCCCUGUUUUAGGUCAGUUAGGAUCACCACUUUAUUUUAAGAAUGUGAAAUGUCAGAAUAAUAGUAGAGAGAAUUAUUUAUUUCAGCUUUUAUUUAUUUAAUCACAUUCCCAGUGGGUCAGAAGUUUACAUACACUCAAUUAGUAUUUGGUAGCAUUGCCUUUAAAUUGUUUAACUUGGGUCAAACGUUUCGGGUAGCCUUCCACAAGCUUCCCACAAUAAGUUGGGUGAAUUUUGGCCCAUUCCUCCUGACAGAGCUGGUGUAACUGAAUCAGGGUUGUAGGCCUCCUUGCUCGCACACGCUUUUUCAGUUCUGCCCACACAUUUUCUAUAGGAUUGAGGUCAGGGCUUUGUCAUGGCCACUCCAAUACCUUGACUUUGUUUUCCUUAAGCCAUUUUGCCACAACUUUGGAAGUAUGCUUGGGGUCAUUGUCCAUUUGGAAGACCCAUUUGCGACCAAGCUUUAACUUCCUGACUGAUGUCUUGAGAUGUUGCUUCAAUAUAUCCACAUUAUUUUCCAGUCCCUCCUGCAGUAAAGCACCCCGACAGCAUGAUGCUGCGACCCCCGUGCUUCACGGUUGGGAUGGUGUUCUUCGGCUUUCAAGUGCCCCUUUUUCCUCCAAACAUAACGAUGGUCAUUAUGGCCAAACAGUUCUAUUCUUCUUUCAUCAGACCAGAGGACAUUUCUCCAAAAAGUACGAUCUUUGUCCCCAUGUGCAGUUGCAAACCAUAGUCUGGCUUUUUUAUGGCAGUUUUGGAGCAGUGGCUUGUUCCUUGCUGAGCGGCCUUUCAGGUUAUGUCGAUAUAGGACUCGUUUUACUGUGGAUAUAGAUACUUUUGUACCUGUUUCCUCCAGCAUCUUCACAAGGUCCUUUGCUGUUGUACUGGGAUUGAUUUGCACUUUUCGCACCAAAGUAUGUUCAUCUCUAGGAGACAGAACGCGUCUCCUUCCUGAGCGGUUUUAUAGUUGCGUACAAUUUUUUGUACAGAUGAAUGUGGUACCUUCAGGCAUUUGGAAAUUGCUCCCAAGGAUGAACCAGACUUGUGGGGGUCUACCAUUUUUUUCUGAGGUCUUGGCUGAUUUCUUUUGAUUUUCCCAUGAUGUCAAGCAAAGAGGCACUGAGUUUGGAGGUAGGCCUUGAAAUACAUCCACAGGUACACCUCCAAUUUACUCAAAUUAUGUCAAUUAGCCUAUUAGAAGCUUCUAAAGCCAUGACAUCAUUUUCUGGAAUUUUUCAAGCUGUUUAAAGGCACAGUCAACUUAGUGUAUGUAAAAUUCUAACCCACUGGAAUUGUGAUACAGUGAAUCAGUGUGAUAAAGUGUGAUACACUCACUAAAAUAAAGUGAAAUAAUCUGUCUGUAAACAAUUGUUGGAAAAAUUACUUGUGUCAUGCACAAAGUAGAUGUCCUAACCGACUUGCCAAAACUAUAGUUUGUUAACAAGACAUUAGUGGAGUGGUUGAAAAACGAGUUUUAAUGACUCCAACCUAAGUGUAUGUAAACUUCCGACUUCAACUGUACUGAGCAUGUUAAGGAGUGACAGAGAGAGCAUUGACAGAUGCAGCUCUCGCUCUCUCUCUCUCUCUCUCUCUCUCUCUCUCCCUUUCUCUCCUUCACUCUCUUUCUGCCAAUCAAUAAUUCACUGGAGUUUGAAUACAAAUCUAGGGUGAUCAGUUCUGGUUUCACACAAUAAUGUAAUUGCCAUUAACGAGCUUGGAUUCUGCAAAACUCUCCCCAACUAGCUACCCUCUUUCCUUCUGCCUUUCUUUCUGCCUUUCUUUCUUUCUUUUUUUAUUUUCAUCUUUCUCUUGCAUGAAAGGAGGCAGACUCUGGUUUCUGCUUCCUCUUUUGCCUCUGAGUAAUCGCUCACCUAAGGGAAGUGUCAGAGGAGACCACACAAAGCAGUGGCAGCGGCGAGGAUUAUGAUGUAUAGCCUCUAUGCAACGCAGUCUAAACGAAAUCCUACCAAUUAAUGUGUAUUUGAAAUUUAGGCCACUUGUUAAUGAUGACACACAAUAUUUGGAAUUGCAACUAUGUUGAAUUUACAUCCUUCAGCCCCCAUGCUGCUCUGAAAUUAAGUGUAUUUUAUUUAUACAAUGCCUUCAGAAAGUAUUCAUACCCUUUGACUUAUUCCACAUUUUGUUGUUGUCACGUUCGUUCAAUGACGGGUCAGACCAAGGCGCAGCGUGAUACGCUUACAUGUUUAUUCAACUUAAUAAACACAAGACAAAACCCCAAAGGUGCGGACACAACAUAAACAUAACAGGGUAGGGGCCGGGUGGGCAUUCUGCCUCGGAGGCGGAUCCGGCUCCGGGCGUGACGACCUCUUACUCUCCGCCUCCCUGUUGCGCCCCUGGUCUGGUCUGGAGCCGCUGACCGGAGCUGGACCAGGCACCGGUGGAGCGGACUGCUCAGGCUCUGGACUAGAGCCGCUGACCGGAGCUGGACUUGGCACCGGUGGAGCGGACUGCUCUGGCUCCGGAGUGGAGCAGCUGACCGGAGCUGGACUGGACCCCGGUGGAGCGGACUGCUCUGGCUCCGGAGUGGAGCCGCUGACCGGAGCUGAACCGGGCACCGGUGGAGCGGACUGGGUUCCUUUAUUAACCCCCGCUCCUUCUGCUGCCUAACCAGCUCCUCUCUCCGUGCCUCCACUAUUUCCUUCUCCCUUUUAGCCUCCUGUAGCGCCUCCCUCUGACCGAAUAACUCCUGCUCCCUCUGAACCAACAGCCCCCGUAACAUGGUGGCCUCCUCUCCUAACCUGCAGAUCCGCCCUUCCACGGCCUCCUGCUGCCUCGUCGUCCACCCCGUGUGCCCCCCCAAAAAUGUUCUUGGGGUUGCCUCUCGGGUCUCUGUCGUCGGCACUGUUGGCGCCGUUUCUCCUCUCCUACCUGGGCAUCUAACUUCAUCGCCUCCCGAUAACGGACGGCCUCCUCCUUAGUAAUUCUCCCCCAACCGUGGAGGACAUCUACUAAGGUUACCUCCCGUUGAGUCCCAGGCGUUUGCUCCUUCUGGGCACGCUGCUUGGUCCUCGUUUGGUGGGAUCUUCUGUCACGUUCAUUCAAUGACGGGUCAGACCAAGGCGUAGCGUGAUAUGCGUACAUGUUUAUUCAACUUAAUAAACACACGACAAAACAAUAAAUGAAACGUGAAGUCCUAAGAUAGACACACAACAUACCUUACACGGAACAAGAUCCCACAACUAGACAGUGCCAAUAGGCUGCCUAAGUAUGGUCCCCAAUCAGAGACAACGAGCGACAGCUGCCUUUAAUUGGGAACCACACCGGCCAACAUAGAACUAUACAUACUAGAUCACCAACAUAGAAAAUACAACAUAGAACCUUCACACCCUGACUCAACAUAUAAGAGUCCCCUGAGUCAGUGCGUGACGGUUGUGUUACAGCCUGAAUUCAAAAUGCAUUAAAUAUUUUUUAAAAUCUUACCCCAUCUACACAAAAUACCCCAUAAUGACAAAGUGAAAACAUGCAGAUGACAAGCAUACCCAUAACGUGAUGCAGCCACCAGCAUUCUUGAAAAUAUGUAGAGUGGUACUCAAUGUUGGAUUUGACCCAAACAUAAUGCUUUAUAUUUUGGACAUAAAGUAUGAUGUUUUCCCCUAUUUGUUUUCAGUUUUACUUUUGUGCCUUAUUUUUAUUCUGUGGAGGCUUCCUUCUUUUCACUCUCAUGAAAGUUAAUAUGGUGGAGUAACUACAACGUUGUUGAUCCAUCCUCAGUUUUGUCCUUUCACAACCAUUAAACUCUGUAACUGUUUUAAAGACUAAAUGUACCUCAUGGUGAAAUCCCUGAGCGAUAUCCUUCCUCUCCGGCAACUGAGUUAGGAAGGAUGCCUGUAUCUUUGUUGUGACUGGGUGUAUUGAUGCAAUUAAUAACUUUACCACAUUUUUACUCCUUAACUUAUUUAGACUUGCCAUAACAAAAUCUCAAUUUAAUCCAUUUAAAAUUCAGGCUGUAACACAACAAAAAUGUAGAAAAAGUCAAAGGGUGUGAAUACUUUCUGAAGGCACUGUACGUUUCCAUCCCAGACUGAAACGUCAGAAGUGUUACCCUGAGUUGGCAUGCAAUGUCAUAGCAAUGCCUGUUAAAGGGAUAGUUUAUCGAAAUUGCAAAACAACAUAUUGAUUGCCUUUUACACUUGCGUUGGUUUUGGGCCAAAAAUGCUGAGUAUUUAGAGACAGUGGCCAAGUAAACAAAACCUAAGCAUUGUUGUUUUACCAUGUCUAUAAACUGCUUACAGGGUAAAGAAACCAAUAUACUACUAUUGUAAGUCUUGAACUGCUCUACAACAGGACAAAUCCAAUAGAAAGCAAUGCAAAUGAAAUAAAUGCAUCUUUAUGGUACUCCACAGUUCCCCCUGAUGACCCUGUGAUUGUUGGGGCCCCUGUGGUGAGCCUAAGGGCCGGCGACCCCCUCAACCUGACGUGCCACGCCGACAAUGCCAAGCCUGCCGCUUCCAUCAUCUGGAUCCGCAACGGGCAGGAACUGAAGAACGCCAUGCACUCUAAGGUAAGGACAUGGGCUUAGCUUCCACUAGGGAUGGGGGGGACAUGUCCCCUCCACAUUCUGAAAUUGCAUUUUUGUCCCCCCCAGUUUUAUAAUUUAAUUGUAGGUAUGGAUCUAGACUGGGUAUGGUUUGAGCUAGAUUUGAAUGAUCUCUGUGCUGACCUGACUCUUUCAACAGGACAUCGCUAUUUGUACAUAUUGAAACUAAUUCAACACCUUAACCAUUACACCAAGCAAUUCAAACUGACUUAUUAAGGUUGCUACAAUGGCCCCUUCCUACGGAAAGAGCGCCCAUCGCUUUUCUAUCUGCAGUCCCUCAUGCCCAGGCUUUGAUGGCAUCACAGUAGCGUCAUCCCACUUCUGACACCAAUGUAGAGAAUUCAGGGGGUUGCUCUGACCAGCACUCCAGCGAAUGUCAACCCAACACCAUAGCUGUUACGCCAAGAGAUCCAAACCUCUUCACUAUACAAUAUGUAUGUAUGUACUGUAUUUAUGUAUGUACAAAUUCAAUACAUACUGAUAAAACUGUUAUUAUACCUCUAUACAAGACAUGAAUCUAGAUAUUUUGCACUCACUAAAAACUACAAGAACUGCAUACACUGAAAUUAAGUUUACAUAAAUUGAUUGUGCACCUGAAAUGUGUCCUUUGGACCUUGAUAAGAGGUGUGCUCUCUCUUCCCUCACUUGGAGGAAUCCUUCCCACUCUUUCUAUCUUCCUCUCUUCUCCUCUCUUCACUCUUAACCUUCCUCCAUGUGUCCUGAAAAAGGCCUCGCUCUGUCAGUUUAAUUUACAUUUUACAUUUUAGUCAUUUAGCAGACGCUCUUAUCCAGAGCGACUUACAGUUAGUGAGUGCAAACGCCAUGCUCUACCAACUGAGCUACACUGGACCGUGGCAGCUGAGAUUUUUUAUUUGAUUCACGGGGCAAGAUGGAGCACUAGUGCUUUAAACAUGACGAAAAAAGAGAAACCAUUCCAACACUCUACAUUAUGGAUGUGUUCAUGGGCAAUUUGUUCACUUUGUCAGCCCUGAGUCGGAAACUGAGCAAGUGAGAGGCGCGUUUAAUCUUGCAGUGUGAUCUUGCUUGUUCCCACUCAAACUCACUGGAGAGCGCUCCUUUCACUCAUUGUAAGCCCAUAAAUUAGACACAGGCAAACCACUUAGACAUAUUUAUUAUUAUAUCAGCACCCUCCUUCCCAAUUAAUAUUCCAUACAUCCCCACUUUACAUCACUCUAACAUGGAGAUAGGACUAUUUUGGGAAAAUAAGGAGUAUUCUAGAAUUCUAUUGGGAUCUUGAUGGUUAAUAACUGACACAGGGAGGGUAUAGUUACUUUGUAAGUACUUAGUAUCAGCAUCUGUAUGGAACAUUUGUAUAUGUGUCACAUCUGAUACUGAUUACAUCAUAUUGAUGACACGUCACAAUGUUAGGAUGUCAAGUCUUUUUGAUUCAUCUGAAUCUGUUAACAGCUCCAUUUUAAAUGCAUCAGGAUACUUUAUUUUGGAGACAGAGCACCAAUAUGUUUCAUCUUCAUCCAUGGAUGAGGCUGGGUUUUGGAAAAACAUACUUUGAUUCAGAUCAUGACUUGACUUGGCAUAUCAAGACAUGCAAAUUGAGGUAAACGAUAGAGAGACGACUGAUUCCAUCUGUCAAGUAUGACAUCAGAAAUCUGUUUUUAAAAAUUUACACCACUAAACUCUAUUACUAUGUAAUUACAAAUAUGUUACUACCAUGUUAUUACUAUGUAAUUCAAGGCAAGACAUACAUGAGAUUCAUGAGGUCAUACAGUUCGUAUAUAUUGCAUGAUGUACUGUAAAUCGAUUGCUCCCCAUCUACUGUAUUACUUGCAAUGGCUGUGAUAUGUGGUUGUCUUAUUUACCUUAGUUGCUCUAGUCACUCUGGAUAAGGAUGCUAAAUGAACACAACGUAAAUGUAAUUUAAAUAAGACAUCUUGUAAUGAUAAUAGCUAUCUCUGGUCUUGCAUUGAUUCCUCAGACACUGUUGCAGGAUGGGCGAAGGGAGAGUACAGUCAGCUCACUCUACCUCUCUGCUUCCAACAUCGAGACAGGCCAACAAAUCACCUGUCGCGCCUCAAACAAGGCCGUGCCCAACGGGAAAGAUGCCAUUGUCACAAUCGAUAUUCAACGUGAGUACAGCGCCCCAUAUCUCACACUCGCUCACAUUAAAUUCAUCCAUUCGUCUAUCUAUUUGAACAAUCAAACACUGUAUUUAUCCUAUUUUUACUGCAGAAUUCUACCCCUAACAUUGCACAUGCUAAAUCAACAUUUCCAAUAUUUAUUAACAUUGUCUUUUGGAGGGUCCAAGGCUGGGUUUUCACAAACACUGUCGAAAUGUGAAUUCUAUUAAAUGCAGCACUUCCUAUUCAAAUAAAAAUUAACAUGACUGAUGUGGUCUGGGAGCACAAUGGAAGAGAUAAUGUGUUUGAUGUCAUGGUCUCAGCCAAUGAAAAUCAAUGUUAGUGUUUGCCAUUUGAUUCUUCUUGUGUGUAUGGCCAUUGUGUGCACUUCUCUUUCUUUCUUUCUUUCUUUCUUUCUUUCUUUCUUUCUUUCUUUCUUUCUUUCUUUCUUUCUUUCUUUCUUUCUUUCUUUCUUUCUUUCUUUCUUUCUUUCUUUCUUUCUUUCUUUAUUUAUUUCUUUCUUGUGCUCAACCUGCCACUAAUCAUUUAUACAAAAGUACUAUCAAAAGAGAUUCCUUCUGAAUAGUAAAAAAUAGGCCCCUCUGUACAAAAUGCAAUUGUCAGAAGGUAUUAUUUGAUCACAAAAACCAUUUGCCGUAAGUUAUGGAUUUUGAACAAAGGCCUUUUGCAUCCAUCACAGCUCCUUCAAAGCUAUUAAGUUUGACUAAUAAAACUGAAAUACUAUUCAAGGAUCCAUUACUUUUGACAGCUCUAUUCUUCCUCAUCGUGCAUUCUUUCUAUUUUUGUGUGUCAUCCAAAAGGAAUCCUCUCCCCAAGCCUUGGCACGGGGAGAGACAGAAACAAGAGCGCUAAGUGA